AUGGCCUCACCGCAGCAGCCGCCGCCGGCGAAGAAACCCCCACCACUCUCGCCGACAACCAUAAGCGCCCUCGACCUAGACACCCUCCGCGAAAUCUUCCUCUGCCUCCCCUCUCUCCCGAGCCUCGUCCGCGCCGCCCUCAGCUGCCGCACCUUCCUCGACGCCGUCCGUUCGUCCCCCGCUUUCCGCCGCCGCUUCCGCGCGCUCCAUCCACCCCCGCUGCUAGGUCAUUUCCUCACCACCCAAGACACCACCAUCCCCACCUUCGUGCCUCUCCGCAGCCGCUCCGACCCGGACAUCGCGGCGGCGGUACGCGGCGGCGAUUUCUUCCUCACCCGCCUCCCGGUCCCCGAAGACGGCGCCGUGUCCGUUCCUGUCCCCGCCCCCGCCCUCGAAGACAACGGCGAUGGCGUGUCUGUUCCUGUCCCCGCCCCCGCCCCCGAAGACAACGGAGAUGGCGUGUCCGUUCCUGUCCCCGCACCCGCACCCGAAGACGACGGCGAGGAUACCGUCUCUGGCUCCGAAGACAACGACGAGGAUCCCGUCCCCGAGUGGUCAAUCGAGGACUGCCGCGACGGAUUCGUUGUUCUCGACAACUGGAGCACUCAGCAGAUCGCCGUCUACAACCCGCUCGCGCGAACCCUGGACCUCUUCCCCCUGCCGCCCCGCCGGGAGGACUGCGAGGGCCAGUAUUCUGAUUACUACAUCCUCGCCGAGGAAGAAGAAGAAGACUACUUGCCGUAUCGCGUCGUGUGCGUCUGGCACAGCGAACGCGGGGCGCGCGCCAUGGUUUUAUCAUCGGACACCAGCAAGUGGCAGAUUUUCCCAUGGGUAGACAUUGAUGGGCUCUGGCCUCAAACUGCUAAGCUGGUGAAUGGCUGCAUCUAUUGGACCAUUGGGAUGAAUGAUGCCCGUGUGCUUAACACUGCUACAAUGCAAUUCUCUCGGAUGGAUAAGCCGCCGCGCAGGAGAGGGAAUGAGAUAUUGACGGCUGGUAAGACCAAGGAUGGAAGACUCUGUGUGGUCUGCGCACCUUUGGGGCCACUGACAUUCGAAUCCGUGCUUGCUGUUUGGAUUCGUAGAGCCGAUGACGAUGGCGUCGAGAGGUGGAUGUUGGAUAAGUCACUCCCGUUGCAGGAGAUAGCUGGAAUCGUUCGGUGCGAAUUCAAGGAAGACAAUGUUAAAUAUCAAGUGACUGUUAGGACGAUUAUCGAUGGAUUUGUGUACUUCUCUGCUUAUUGUGGGGUGUGGCAGCAUCAUCAUUCGACACUCUGGCUCCUAUCCUUCUGCUUGGAAACAGCGGCGCUGAACAAGCUUGGGCGUAUCCUUAGUGGUGUUUCCUAUCCCUACAUCAUGCCGUGGCCUUGUUCUUUGGUUGGUACACAGCAAGCAAACCAGCUUAUCCAGUUAAAGACACACAAUUCUCUUCUGUGA